CCUCCUUUCAUCUAAAAAAAGAGACUUUUUUCUCAGUAACCAAACAAGAAAAAGAAAAACAAACUAUCUCCGUUUGUUUCUUUGAUCUUUUGAAAAAAAAUGGAUUUCGAUUGCCUUACAAGGAAAGAGCUUCAGUUUCUUUGCAAGAGAAACAAAAUCCCAGCUAAUAUUACCAAUGUUGCCAUGGCUGAUGCUCUCAAAGCUCUUGAGAUUGUUGAAGGACUUGAGGAGUUCAAGAGUCAAUCUCAAUCCCCAGAAAAGACCAUGAAUAAAACAUCACAAGAAAUCCCCUCUACUAUUUCCAGGACAUCAACUCGGAGAAAACCUACCAAGGAAGAGCAUCAAACUGCACAAUCGACUGUCCGAACCCGAAAAGUGACAAGAAGAACAGCUGAAUUGGAUGAAGAAAACAAGAACCUGAAUGUGACUGAGACUCCUGCGGUGACUACUAACACCAGCAGGAGGGCUAAGAAAAUUGAAUCUGAAGUUAAGGAUCAAAAAAAGAGUGAUUUGGUUGAGACUCCAGCUUUGCAGAGUGGUAGGAGAAGGCCUGGAGUGGGAUCUACAAGGAGGAAAGUUGAGGAUACAUUGCAGACUGGCUACGGAACAAGGCGGUCGGUGAGGUUACUGGAGAAGUGUAUGGAAGGGUUGAGUUUAAAAGAGAGUGAAAAAAUGGAGCCCGUGAAGGCUGAUGAAAUGGUGGAAAGUGAAGUUCAAAACAACAAUGGCCAAUCUGAAGAGUUACCAUUGGCUCGAAAUUUAAGUGCAUCUCUUGAAGAUGAAAGGGAUUUUAAAGAUGAUGUUGAGGAAAAUAGCAAGUGUGAAAAUGGAGGAAGUAAUGGGACACUGAUCUCCCUUAAUGACAAGAUUGAUGAGCCUGAAGGUCCAAAGGGUUGUGAUGAUAAUGCUGUCUUUGAAGACUCAUAUGAGACUGUGAGCACGCCGAAUGAGGAAUUGGUAGCUGAUGAGACCAAUGAUGCUGCUGUAUCUGAAGAAUUGGUGGCUGAUGAGACCAACGAUGCUGUUGUUACUGAAGAAUUGGUGGCUGAUGAGACCUAUGAUGCUGCUGUUUCUCAAGAAUUGGCAGCUGAUGGAACCAAUGAUGCUGCUGUUUCCGAAGAUGCACCUGAAAUCGAGAGCUUACCUGAGAAAUCGGUAGCUGAUGACACCGAUGAUGUUGUUUCCCAUGAGGAAUUGGUAGUUGAUGAGCCUGAAGUACUGGUUGCAAAUGCUGAGGAUAUAUCUGAGGAAGUCUUGGAUCAUUCUUCACCAGUGGAGGCUGUUAGUGUAGAAGAGCAUGCUAAUCAAGCUCCACAGGAAAUUGAAGCAGUACAUGAUGAUCUAACCAUACUUCCGAAAGCUAAAGAGUAUGCCGAGGGCGAAGUAUCUCAAGAUGUUCCUUCAGUUCUCCCUGAAGAUCAUAUUGAUUCCUCAGCGAAAAAGGGAAAUGAAGCAUCUAAUGAUGAUCCAAUGACUAAUAUGGUGGACGAAGAAUCUGAUGAUGAUGUCCUUGGCGAUUCAAACAUCGAUGAUGGAUCUGUAGCUGAUGAGGAUCUAAUGACUAAUGUGGUGAAUGAAGCAGCAUUGGUUGAUGCAAAUGUAACCGAAGCCAAAACAAUCCCUGUGAAUUCAUUCCACAAUGCUUCCCAAUCUGUUGUGGAUGAUGAUUUCCAAGUGCAGGAUCCAGAAGCAUUGAUCGAUGUUGGUGUAAUGCCAGAGGUUGAAUUUGGAGAGACAACUGAGAUUAUUUCAACCACCACCUCAGUACCAUUGCCAUCACCAUUGAAACCUCAACUUUCUCAACCAAGGAAAUCAUCAAGCAAGAAACAGACAACAAUCCCGGAGGAGAACAUCAGCAAGGAGAACAUUGAUGUUGUGAAGAAGGUGAAGAAAAACAAGAACGUCAUUGAUGAGGGUACCAUGCAGAAUUUGGAAGAUUUGAGCCUAAGGAAACUAAUGAAGCUAACCAAGAUGUUUAACAAACUAGAGAUCAAUGACAAUAUGAAGAACAAAGAAGAUGAUAAUCUCAAUAAGCAGCCAUUUGGGAAGAGCAGAACAGCCUUGCAAUCAUUGCCACAGAAUUGUAUGAACAAUGAAGAAGCAGAGAAGCAAAACUGAAACAAGCAUGUGAUAAUGAUGAUGAAGGGAUUCAAACCUUGGUUUGUUGGUCUCCAUUGGGUUUUUUUUUUUUUUCUAGCAAAACUGGAAAAACAAUGAUGUUUUAUUUUUUUUCUUUUCCAUUUUACAGUCCAUUAUUUUGCUAAUAGUGAGUCCUAAGAUGUAAGAGAGACCAUUUUAUUUGGCUCAUCAACAUCAUAAAGAUGUUUUACAAUUUCAUCUCUGAUUUUCUCUCCAACACUUGCGUUUACAAUAUAAUACAAGGCACUGUUACACAGUUCAUUA